AUGUCAAUGCCCUCUUACAGCGUCCACUUAAAAAUCCUCGUGCCAGACAUCAUCAAGCACCACAUCCACACCAAAGUGGUAUUCCUGCACGUACACAAGCCAAAGAAGCCAAAGACCCACCACAAAGAGUACCAUCACGAAAACUGGAGUUCCUGGAGCAGUUACGGUCACCAUCACGACCACAAAGACGAGGAAGGCGAGCAAUUCGACGACCACGAGGAUCAAAGUGAUCGAGAGAGGUUAGAGAUGGAGGAUCCUCAGAACCUCCAAGGCCCUAAAAAACACGUCCCUAUGUACGGCUAUCACAGAGACAACUAUCCUCCAAAAUUGUACCUCGACGUCAAUAAUUUGGACACGAAGAACCGUGGACAUGGUCAGUACGCAGUCCACGAAGACGUGAAUGAUAUACCCCCAAACAAGGAGGUCAUCUCCUACAAUUAUGAAGAAGGGUACAGCAAGGGCUUGCAAUCGGAGAGUGGGCACAUUCGAUCGGGUCAAUCGAAUAAGUUUCACGAUGACCAUCACGAGGAACAGGAGGACAACGACAACGAUGGAUUCAAAGAGAAUUCCGAUGGGAAAACCGACGCUGGACGAUAUCUCGUCGAUGAUGUGGACUAUCAGAACACCAGGGACAAGCGAGAUAGAGGUCGAAGGCGUCGACGAUUCAGAAAACUGUAG